GCCCGGCCGGGCUCGGCCACCCGACACAUCUGCACGGACGCCACCGCCGACCGACUCCGUCUUGAUUCAUUUGUUUUGAUUGAACAAACAAAGCAAGAUGGCUUUGACUCGAACCGUUUUACCUUCAUUCUCCACUUUUUCCACGCAGAAGGAAGAAAUUCAUUCAACACGAAACUGUGAAGGUCAAUUGAGUGAGCACAGCUAUCAGAUGGCCGGCGUCGGUUCCGUUGUCCGCAUGAGCGCUUGGAUCUUGUGCACGCGAAUGGAAGAGGGGCUAAAUUGUCCAGAGGUGUCUGUCCAUUGUUCGACGUCUGACGUUGACUGCCUGACAUCUGCCAGCGCUUGACUAUGCACUCGUCUGGGAUUGGAGCAGAUUGGAAAGAGGAUGUCAAUGUUGACACAUGCGUGCGUGCGCGCUGCUGUUCCACAGGUCUGGAGGAGAGCUCCAAAGGACGAUGACGACCUGGACACUUUCCUGGACUUGGACUUUAUCCUGGCCUACAGCAGCAUGAGUGCAGACUCCAUGACAGCCUGCGAGCGGACUCUGGAUGGCAGGCCUCUUGGGUACCAGCAGCAAGACGACGCGUCCCUGCCGGACGUGGACGCCCCCUCUCAGCCAGCUCAGCCUCCGCCAGCAUACGGCAGCAGCAGCAGCAGCAGCAGCCUGAUGGCCGAGCUGCUGCGGUACGACUCGGACGUGGACGGCCUCCGGUCGGGAAGCAUCCAGGGCGGCUUCUUGGUCGGCGCGUCGGCUUUCCACGGCUCUGGAGCUCGCUUCGCAGACUCCUGUGCGGCGCAUCCGUGGAUUAAGCCGGAGCCCGACUCUUACGGGCCCUCGGUCGGCGACGUGCCGCGGGCCUCGGGUGAGGUGAAGCGGGAGGCCGGCGUGACGUCGUGCGGCGGCUCCCACCCGCAGCCCCGUCCGGCGAGCUCGCCUCCCGGAGUCGCCGGAAACCUGACGCCGCCCCUCAGCCCCGACCAGAUCGCCGCCUUCCCGCAGACGAGCUUGGACGAGCGGCAAUUCCACUUUCACUUUUCCUCCGGAGCGCAUCUCUGCUUUCCGGCCUCGUACGGGCAGAUGACGCCGCCGUCGUCGCCGUUGGACUUGAUGGAUAGCAAGGCCAGGAGAGGGCGGCGCGCCUGGCCCCGCAAGCGCACCGCCAGCCACACCUGCACCUACGGCGGAUGCGGCAAGACCUACACCAAGAGCUCGCACCUCAAGGCGCACCUCAGGACGCAUACGGGAGAGAAGCCUUACCACUGCACAUGGCAGGGAUGCGGCUGGAAAUUUGCUCGCUCCGACGAGCUGACGCGCCACUUCCGCAAACACACGGGUCACAGGCCCUUCCGGUGCCGUUUGUGUGAGCGCGCCUUCUCGCGCUCUGACCACCUGGCGCUGCACAUGAAAAGACACAUGUGAUGUGCGUGUGCGGCACAGAGUUUAAGAGCGCAUCAAGUGUAACAGGUGACAAGUCAGCAGCACAGGGAGCGAGCUGCUAAUGCUCCUCCAUCGCGUCAAACACGUGUGUACAGGCGCGGCGGCGGCGGCGGAUACAAAGAUGAUAAGACAAGUGCAAGACGUUUUCGUGCAGAAUCAAGGAGCCCUGCGUGGACAGCACACGUAAGAAAAAAGACUUCAAGGAGGCGAGGGCAAGAGCAUGACAACGUUUUGUUGCAAAACUGCUUUUCACGCAACGAGACGACGUCCCCUCGUAGACAGAACCAAACUUGGCUGUAUCUACAAAGAAUGUGUCAAAGGUCAUGUUUUGUGUAUCAUUAAAACAAUCAGAGAACAAA